UAUCAGAACAACUCGUGGCCACGGUCCAAGCGCUUUCGGAGCUGCAGUAAUGCGUUUGUUGGGUUAUCUUGCUGAGCCCUGAGUCGUUGUACCCUCUCAGAGUUUUACAGACACUAACAAAUAAAGUGGGGCGUUUGUCAGCAGGGUUUCUCCAUUUAUUGUUUUGCUGCUGCUGUGACAGAAGCUACGGAAACAGCAUCUGUUCAGUCACUGUAGGCUAACGGUGACACUUCUGAACGUCACAGACAAAAUGAUCUACAUCAUAAUGGGAGUCUCGGGUUGUGGAAAAACCAGUUUGGGGACAUUCCUUUCUGAAAGGGUAAAAACUUGGACGGCUCACUACCCAAACACAACACUCUCUGCUGGCGUUAUGUUCAUACGGAAGGACAUUUAUACUGACCUUGUCAUGCAUGGUUCUCCUCAGCUUGGCUGGCCCUUCUAUGAAGGCGACAACUUCCACCCGCAGGAGAACAUUGAGAAGAUGGCUCGUGGAGAACCGCUCACAGACCAGGACAGACUUCCUUGGCUUCUCAGACUACAUGAAGUCAUUGAGAGAGAAAGGUCUUCAGGCUCAGACGCUCUUUUAGCGUGUUCAGCUCUGAAGCGCCUCUACCGGCAGAUCCUCCUCCACGGCGCCACGGCGGUGGCACCGACCAGUAGCGCCUCACUUCCCUCCUCUCCAGAGGUCUUCUUCCUCUACCUGCAUGGCGACUACGAUCUCAUUCACCAGAGGAUGGUGGCCCGACAGGGACAUUACAUGAAGGCAGAUCUGCUGCGCUCCCAGUUUGAUAUUUUGGAGCCUCCGUCAGACGAGGAGAACGCGCUCACCCUGGACAUCAGGAAAAGCCGGAACGAGAUGAUCCUGGAAGUAGAGAAGCACAUUGAGAGUCUGAAGUUGUGAAGCGGGAAUCGUGGCAAAUGAAUUUGAACAGUACGCGGUGAAUUACUUGAGUGAUUCUUACCCAUUUUUUCAUGGGUAAAUGAACUGAACUUUUGCUUUAUUGCCCUGAAAAGACCCUCAAAUCCAGAUGUCUUAAAUGUUUCAUAUGAGUAAUAAGCACAUUAUUUGCUACACAGCAAUAACUCUUUAUGAUCAUUUUCCUCUUCUCUUAACCUAUUUCAUUUUCAGCAAAUGAAGUCCAGAAUGUAUUCCUGUGUGUUGUUAUAUGCGUUUUUCUCCCCGAAAGAAAUAAUAUUUUUUAUAAUAAAUUGUCUUUUUCUGGGAAUCAACAAGAUGAUAGAAGUUUACCUGAUGAUCACUAAGUGCAUUCCUUGAAAAUUUUCUCACAAUAAGUAAAAGGAUCAGAAGUAAAAUGUUUUCAAGAUUAUACAAAGUUAAAAUGUAUGCAAAGUUAAGAGUGAAAUUAUUCAUACUUCUGGCAGAUUUAAGUUUAAAGUAAUAUUUUAAUUUUGCCAACUUGUUUCUUCUCACUGGAGGUAAUCUUAAUCUUUUUAGAGCGACUGGAUUAAAUCUGAUUGGGAAUCUGUGAUGGGAGCUGAAGAUUAGGGUGAUGACAAGGAGCCCUUCCACUUUCAAACAUUUGGAGCUCAGAUAGAAAAAAAUCUGCCUCUCAGCAGUUAUAAGGAGAGUUUGAUUGCUGUAAUGCCUAUAAAGAUUUUGCCUUUGAUUAUUGAGAAGGGAGCUGAUUAUUAAACAUUUAUUUUUUUAUUAUAUGCAAAUGCGCAAAUAAAAACACUUGUUUUA